AUCUAGUGUUGUGGCGGUGCUGCUGCUGCUGGUGGUGCACACGGUGUCAAUGACUCAUGCUGCUUCAACUCAUUCAUCUACUGAUCACUCACAGGUUGUGGCUGAGGCUGACGCUCUGCGCAACUCCGGUUGGUGGAUAUGGAGCCACCCAGCUACCUCUAACCAUUGCAGUUGGUCGGGCAUAACUUGUAAUGAGGCCAAACAUGUCACUGAGAUAAGCCUACACGGUUACCAAGUACUCCUACCCCUGGGUGAGCUUAGUAAAUUAAAUCUUUCUUCACUUCCCAGCCUCAAUUUUCUCGUCCUUUCUGGAAUGGGACUCAAUGGUAGCAUAUCAGACCAAAUAGGUACUCUUACUAAACUCACCCAUCUUGAUCUUUCUUAUAAUCAACUCAAUGGUAACAUCCCACAGCAAAUGUAUACUCUCACAGAACUCACCCAUCUUGAUCUUUCUGGUAAUCAACUGACCGGCCCCAUCCCAUACCAAACAGGUACUCUUACAGAACUCAUCUUCCUUCACCUCUCUGGGAAUGAACUCACUGGUGCCAUCUCUUCAUCUUUAGGCCGUCUUACUAAACUCACCCAUCUUGAUCUUUCUUCUAAUCAACUGACCGGCCCCAUCCCACACCAAAUAGGUACUCUUACAGAACUCAUCUUCCUUCACCUCUCUUGGACUGAACUCACUGGUGCCAUCCCUUCAUCUUUAGGCCGUCUUACUAAACUCACCCACCUUGAUCUUUCUUAUAAUCAACUCAAUGGUAGCAUCCCACACCAAAUGUAUACUCUCACAGAACUCACCCAUCUUGAUCUUUCUAAUAAUCAACUCAGUGGUAGCAUCCCACACCAAAUAGGUACUCUCACAGAACUCACCUACCUUGACCUCUCUUGGAGUGAACUCACUGGUGCCAUGCCUUCAUCUUUAGGCUCUCUCACUAAGUUGACUUCUUUGAACCUUUGUAUGAAUCAAAUAAAUGGAUCUAUCCCUCCAGAAAUUGGAAAUAUUAAGGAUCUAGUCUCUUUGGACCUUCAUCGUAACUUAAUCAGUGGAGAGAUACCUUCCAAGCUAAAAAAAUUAAAGAGAUUAAAGUGCUUAGAUCUCUCGUAUAAUAGACUAUCAGGCAACAUCCCGCCCUUUCUCACCAUCAAUAGCGACUGGGAGAAACUUGAUUUAUCCCACAAUGAUGAUUUGGAGGGUUAUUCACCUUUCGUUCACAAUGGAGGAAAGAAGACGGGUGCCCAAGUUCCAACCAGAGACACAACAUCCCAGCACACCAUUAUCACCCCUUUGCUCCUCACCUUGGUUUUUGUAACCUUAAUACUUGGGUUAGCCUGCCUUUGGUGGAAGAAAAGAAAAGUUCAACCAGAGCCAAUGGCAAUCAAAAAAAAUGGAGAUUUGUUUUCCAUAUGGGACUAUGAUGGGGGAAUUGCUUUUGAAGACAUCGUCUCGGCAACAGAGGAUUUCGAUAUCAGAUAUUGCAUAGGCGUUGGAGGCUAUGGCAGUGUUUAUAGAGCACAACUUCCCACUGGAAACGUGGUUGCUGUGAAGAAACUUCACCGAUCAGAAAUAGACGAGCCGACAUACUUGAGAAGUUUUAAGAAUGAGGUACAGAUGUUAGAAGAAAUACGGCAUCGGAACAUUGUGAAACUGCAUGGUUAUUGUCUACAUAAUAGAUGCAUGUUUCUCAUUUGUAUGUACAUGGAAAGGGGAAGUUUGAAUUGUAUGCUGAGCAAUGAGGUUGAGGCUGUUGAAUUGGAUUGGGUUAAAAGGGUGAAUAUUGUUAAAAAUAUGGCCCAUGCAUUAUCCUACAUGCAUCAUGAUUGUACCCCACCAAUCAUUCAUCGGGACAUAUCAAGCAAUAAUAUUAUUUUAGAUUCAAAACUUGAGGGUUUUGUAUCAGAUUUUGGUACAGCGAGAUUAUUAGACCCCAGUUCGUCCAAUCAAACCCUUAUUGCUGGCACCUAUGGCUACAUUGCACCGGAGUUUGCCUACACAAUGGUUGUGACCGAAAAAUGUGAUGUGUAUAGCUUUGGGGUGGUGGCACUAGAGACAAUGAUAGGAAAGCAUCCUGGAGAACUAAUCACCUCAUUAUUAUCGUCAUUAUGCCAAGAUAUAAUGUUGAGGGAUGCAUUAGAUUCACGCGUUUCACUUCCUGAAGAUCUACAAGAUGCUAAAGAUGUAGUUUUCGUGGUCCUUUUAGCUCUCAAAUGCAUCCAUUCAAAUCCGCAAUCUCGUCCAACAAUGCAACAAAUAUCCUAUAAACUUCUUGGUAACAUACCAUUUCCUAAGUCGCCCUUUUAUGCAAUUUCCCUCCAUGAAUUGAAGAAUCAAGAAAUGUAAUUUAACAACUUGUAUAUAUGUUAUAUAAAACUAGUUCUUUUUGUUUUCAUAUUACCGAUGUGUGCUUGUUAUUUUGUUGUUGUCAACUUCUCAUUGUAUUUGGAGGCUAUAAUAAAU